AUGCCAAUAGACGCCACCUGCCACUGUGUCCUUUCCUGUUCUGUUUUGUUCUGUUUGUUGUUUCCCCCCACUCGUUUCUCAGCCGAGGCUCACAUGUCCGGCGGCUCGUCUCCUCGCCUAUCGAGCGUCCAAGCCUCGAGCUCAGAUGGGAGCCCAUGGGAAGGCUCCUUUCCAUCUCCAAAAUGCGGGGAAAUGCCCUUGUCUUUUCAGACCACUGAGCAUCGUCACCCCCACCCCAUCCGAGCCACAUUCCCACCGAACAUGCCAACCUUGUCGUCCACCACGCUUCCCUCUGAGCCGGUCUCACCCAAAGCCACUCCCUUACCCCCGCUGCCCUCAGAAGAUCCGCUGACUCCCGCACAAUGGAAAACCCUACUGGCCAUGUUAGAUGCUGUCGUGCCGGCGAUCAAGCCUGUCUCCACCGCCAAUCCGCGCAUCGAGCUCGCCGUGCCAGAUGGCGAAUACUCGACCGCCGUGACCAAGCUCAGAAGCCUGGCACCCGACACCGAUCCCAACGCCGACGAGGCAGUCACAGAAUAUCUCGAGGACCAUGCCAGCAAGAACCCCUUGUUCAAACAGCAGCUGCAACGGCUCUUUGGAGUAUACAUGCCACAGAGCCAAAGAAAGGAACUAUGCAUGCUGCUCACCGUCCUCGACACAACACCCGGCUCUCUCGCCCUGACUGGCCAUGUCACGCCCAUCAGCUCCCAGCCCAUUCACGUGCGCGAACGCAUCAUCCAAGGCUGGGCAAAAGCCCGCCUGCCUCCUAUGCGCACCAUUCACCGCUCUUUGACCAUGCUUGCAAAGCAAACUUGGAUCCAGAUUAGUCCUACCAUUCGUCGCCUCAUUGGCGUGCCCCGCGUCCCGACUGGCAUGCGCCCUGGAAAGGGCUUCGACUAUGAGUUUCUCCAGUUCCCGCCGGGGGACAAGCCCGAGGUCAUCGAGACGGAUGUGGUGAUUGUGGGUAGCGGGUGUGGAGGGGGUGUGUGUGCGAAGAAUCUGUCGGAAGCUGGGCACAGGGUGGUUGUGGUGGAAAAGGCAUAUCAUUGGACGCCGGAUCAUUUCCCCAUGAGCGAGGACAAGGGCUGGAACCACUUGUUCAUGAGUGGCGCCUUCAUCUCGAGUGACGACUCUUCGCUCAGUGUUGUCGCCGGUCAGGCGUGGGGCGGGGGAGGGACGGUGAACUGGUCUGCCUCACUGCAGACCCAAGGCUUCGUUCGUCGAGAAUGGGCCGCCAAGGGCCUGCCCUUCUUCACCUCUGCGGAAUUUCAGGAGUCGCUGGAUCGAGUAUGUGCCCGGAUGGGGGUAUCCACCAAUCACAUCAAGCACAACCGCGGCAACGAGAUGCUCCUCGAGGGCGCGCGCAAACUGGGCUGGUCCCACAAAGCCGUGCCCCAAAACACCGGCGGUCACCAACACGACUGCGGCUACUGUACCUUUGGCUGUGGCUCCUGCGAGAAACAAGGACCCGCCGUGUCCUUUCUCCCGGACGCUGCGCGCGCAGGCGCCCAGUUCAUCGAGGGCUUCCACGCCGAGAAGAUUCUCUUUUCCGACCACAAGGGCACAAAGACCGCCACAGCCGUCCAGGGCACAUGGGUCUCGCGCGACAGCAACGGCGGCGUCGCGGGACCACCCCUCGUGCGCCGCAACGUCCUCAUCAAGGCAAGACGCAUCAUCGUCUCCGCGGGAACCAUGCAAUCCCCCCUCCUCCUCCUGCGCUCCGGUCUCACAAACCCGCACAUUGGACGGAACCUCUACGUGCACCCGGUCAUGGUCCUCGGCGCGAUUCACAACGAGGUCAUCAAGCCAUGGGAAGGCGCCAUCCUGACGGCGGUAGUAGGCGAGUACGAAAACCUGGACGGCAAAGGCCACGGCGUCAAGCUCGAAGCCACAAACAUGAUUCCCUCCUCCUGGCUCAUGUGGCUCGACUGGAAAUCCGCGCUCGGCUACAAACUCGACGCCGCACGCUUACGACACAUGGCCGGAUACAUUGCCAUUGCCCGCGACCGCGAUCCAGGCCGCGUCUACCCCGACCCCGUCGACGGCCGCGUCCGCUUCCAAUACACACCCACCGCCUUUGACAAGCGCAGUAUCCUCGAAGGCCUCGUCGCCCUCGCUAACAUCCAAUACAUUGAAGGCGCUUCCGAAAUCUUCACCGUCCUCCCCGGCACACCUCCUUUUAUCCGCGACCCAGCCACCCCUUGCUCCCCCGCCGGCAUCAACGAUGCCCGCUUCCAAACCUGGCUCGACGGGAUUCGAAAGCGCGGGUUCCCCCCCGAAGCCGUCUUCGUUUCCGCACACCAGAUGGGUACUUGUCGCAUGAGUAGGCUGCCCCGUGAUGGCGUUGUUGAUCCAGAGGGUGCGGUUUGGGGGACCAGGGGGUUGUACGUUGCCGAUGCGAGUGUGUUUCCUAGUGCGAGUGGGGUGAAUCCCAUGGUGACGAAUUUGGCGGUUAGUGAUAUGGUUAGUCGGCGGGUCGGGGGUGGGUUGGCGAGGGCGGAGGGGGCAAGGUUUCCUACUACUGCUGCUGCUGCCAUCCUUCCCAAAUCACCCCCACUCCCACCCAGGACCAGGUUGCUCGGUAUUACGACUACCAUUCAAUUGACGAGGAGGACGGAGAGGGCGAUAUCAUGCAUGGAAUUCCUACACCGCGCCAUCCUCAGCCUCAGCCUCGCCGUUAUUUCUAGGCUGGCGCUAGAGAAGGGUUGGUGGUGGAUGUGUGAGGUGGUCUGGGCUGGUGACGUCAUGUGCCUGUUGCGGGGAGUGGCGGGUAUGGCGGGUAUGGCGGGUAUGGCGGGUGGCUUUGGCUUUGGCUUUGGGCUCUGGCUUUGGGCUUACGAUUCAACAGUGCCAUCUAUGCAGUCGAGCAUUUCGAUGCCCAAAAUACAGACGUGGCGUGGCUUGUUGGACAGUACUGAGGCUGUUGGGCUUGGCCUGUUCGAGGCAGAUGGCCUGCAAGCAAGAAAAGUGGGCAAGGCUCGAGAUGUGGGAAUGAGGGUUGCGCCUUGCGCCCUGUGGGAUUGUGAAGCGCGCGGUGCGAGAUGGAAUGGAGAACGAGCUGGAUGGGUGGAUGAGGGGACGAGUGUACAAGAGGGAGGCGAGAGUUUGGGUCAUGGAGCACGCACGCCAUGGUGGAACAGCGUUGUGACUUCUUCACAUGCUCGAUGGCUUUUGUUUCGUCAUACCCACUUUGCAUCACGCCCACCACCUACCGGUACCGUGUUGGGCUCGACCUGGCUCGCGCUUGUGAAAUACAUAUCCUGGCUAUACACACACCGACUCUCAUCAACCAACACAACCACCACCACCCACACCCACACCCACACCCACACCCACACCCACACCCACACCCACACCCACACCCACACCCACACCCACACCCACACCCACACCCACACCAUGACCCACACCCACACCCACACCAUGACCAGCGUCCUCAAGGGCGGCUUCGGCGCCCCAACCAACCACGCAAACAACAAUGCCAACACGGGCGGCACAGAAUUCCUCAACGUCAUACCACCCCUCGGCAGCGCCCUCGACGGCUACGACAACACCAAGCCAUGCAGUCAGCAGACCAUGCACGUCCCCCAGGCCUUUCGCGACGCCAUGGCGGUGCGCGAACACGUCUACGGCGAGCAAGGCGUGCCCCUUGAAGCCGAAUUCGACCAAGACGACGCCCGCAGCUGGCACUGGGUCGCCUAUGCCUCUGUUGCUGCUCACUCUUCCACCCCGCCAAAGAGGCUGCGCACGACUUCGCAUUCCAAUACGCCUGCGGAUGAUGCCCGUCGUGCUUCUGCUACGGCUUCUAGAGUCCCUGUGGCUACGAUUCGUUUGAUCCCACCGCCCCACCGCCCAAACAAAUACACCGCCCUCACCACAACGACCACCAAAACCACACCCAAACCCCACGACAAGCCCCACGACAAGCCCCACGACAAGCACCCCGACGCAGAUGCCCCCGACUCCAUUGCCCAAGACCAUCAUCCGCUAGAGCCAUACGUCAAGCUCGGCCGACUCGCGGUCCUAAAGCCCUACCGCGGCCUCGGCCUCGCCAAACUCCUCAUCAACACCGCCCUCGACUUCGCCACCUCCAACCCCGACAAAAUCUACAGACCGCCGUCGCCGACCGCGCUCGAAAAGGCACAGAUGCAGGGCAUCCACCGCGAAAAGGAAAUCACCUGGCAGGGCCUCGUCAUGGUUCACGCCCAGGCUCCUCUGGCGGCCAUGUGGGAGAAACAUGGGUUCCAUGAGGAGCUGAGGAAUGAAGAGGGUGAGCCCGAGGUCUCGCCGGAGCCGCAUUGGGUGGAGGAGGGGAUUGAGCAUGUUGGCAUGUGGAAGCGGUUACCGGUGGAGAAGCGCAAGAGGCUGUCUGUUUCGUCGGCGGACGGGUAG